CUUCAACCUGCCCAAAAUAACCCAACCAACCAGCCUACCCAUAUUCUACCUAGACCCGGCAAUGUUAAUUUUUGCAAAAUUAAAAUAGAUAAAGGCUAUGAGCCUGAAGUUGAGAAAGAAAAAGCUUUUGAAACUCCUGAUAAAGCAGAAGAAAGAUAUAGAUUUAUCCUACCUGACCAGAAGCUCCAGUCUUAUCUCUACACUAGUAGUUUUUCUUGCAAAACCUCGAUGAAAGAGGUCCUUUUUGUAAUCGAUCAAUUAAAAUCAUAUGAUGUAGCUAAAGACAUUAUGAGUUUAAGGGCUAAUGAAACUAUAGAACAAAUGCUAUUGUAUCCAAAUCAAAAACAGAAGUUGGCCAAGAACCAAGUCACUAAGAUUCUGAUAUCAUAUGAUGAAAAUUAUCUUCUCUUUGAAGUUGAAGAGAAUGAAGAUAAUAGGAUGUUCAAUAAAUUCAAAUAUAAGGAUGAAGUGUUAGAUAAAGCUGAAGAUUUCUAUACCAGUAAAGUAUCAAAUAGUGAUCUUUUUGAUAAUCUAUGG